GGCUGUUGAGCUAACAUCUGCUUGCUGACACAUUUUCCACAUUCGCAGAAUGGAGCAUCUGUACUGGACUUUCAUUUGUUGCCUUCUACAGUUUGGUGUACAAGCUGGGAGGCCAGCAAAUUUUCUGAGGAGUUAUAUUAUUGGAGGACAGGAAGCAAUCCCACACAGUAAGCCUUAUAUGGCAUAUCUGAGAUUGGAAAAUGAGGACAGUGUACACUGUGGAGGCUUUCUGGUAGCACCUGACUGGAUAAUGACAGCGGCUCAUUGCAAGGAGCCAGGCAGGACCAUAACUGUAGUGCUGGGUGCUCACAACGUAGCACAGCGAGAGGCAUCACAGCAGACGUUUGGAGUGCAAAAGGUUUACGUCCACCCUGGUUAUAAUCAUGGAACAGAAUCUCCUAAUGACAUUAUGCUCUUGAAGUUGGAUAAAAAGGCGACUUUGAAUAAAUAUGUGGAGAUAAUUAAACUUCCCUUUUCCAGUUCUAAUGCAGAACCAGGACAAGUGUGUAAUGUUGCUGGAUGGGGCAUGACUGGUGACACCACAUUUCCUGACACCCUGUAUGAAGUUAAUGUAACUAUCGUGAGCAGGCAUUACUGUUUGAAAUAUUUUGAUGAAAAGAUCAUAAAAGGCAGUAUGAUUUGUGCUGGAGAAAAUGAAAAUGCAAAGGAUUCCUCACGGGGUGACUCUGGGGGACCACUUGUCUGCACUGGUGUUGCAGAAGGAAUUGUAUCUUUUGGCAAGGAGAACCCACCUGGAAUUUAUACACGAAUUUCAUCUUUCCAGUCAUGGUUCAACAACAUCAUGAAAGGAACCAAAAACUGAAGCAUCUUUAUGAAUUUCCUUGUCAGCCAGUCUGUAUUAUAUAUUACUACGCUCCCAGCUUUUUUUUUUUUUUUUUUGCUUAUGGUAGGAAUAAUACUGCUAAUACUGCCUGUUGUUUAACAGUAGUGAUACUAAAAGUAACAGUAACUGUAAAUUUAUUGAAGGUUUAUCUGCAAACUACCAGAUAGUAUUAAAUCUUCAAAAAAUAGUCAUAUUCAUUGAUGGUUUACUGCUGUGACUUUAAACCUGUACUAGUCUAAGAUUUAAAUCAGGCUCUGGUUUAAAGUCUCACUAUUAGAACAAAAUAGUGAACAUGAGAAAGACAGUAGCAACAGCCCCCCCCCCCAAGGAUCCCUUUGCAUGUUUAUAAAAUGCUCUACUGUUUAACAAGCUAUGCUGUUGUUUUCAGUAUUUAAACAACAGGCAGUCAUAUGAUGCCUGACAUUUUGUUUCAUGUACUGACCAUUCUUCAAAAGUUCAUUGUGUUGCACAGUUUCUAUUGAAUAACCAUUUUACAGCACUUUAGACAUACCUCUAAAUAACAGUAAAGCAACACUUUAUACUCCAUGGAAUGAGGAUUAUCUACCUAAUAGUUUUGAUGUAGAAGUUCUGAAGUUUCAAAACCCAAGGAGACAGGAUUUUACCCUGACUGCACCAACAAUGACCCUCAGCUUCAUAAACUAGCAUGAAUGUUGGUGGACAUGGACCAGCUGAAAGACGAAAGACUGAAGGGCCAAGGUGUCCAUGUCUUACUGUCCCUGCUUGGGUGGGGAGGUGAAGUGUGUGGGUGCAAGUCUCACUGCUACAGAACUGCCCCAAAUAGCAUCAGCUGGGAAACGCAGCUGGAUUGGAAGGUAAGAUUUGUAUCAGUCAUGGUAAGUCAGUAUCGCAGAGGUAAAUAUAAAUAAUGGUGAACUUGACCAAUCAGUUAACCUUAUUUUCUGUCUCAUCUCUUCCAUGCCCCCCUUUUUAAACCUAACCAACAGCCUCACAGUCUUACAUAACCACAAUGGAACUAUUCUUUGUACCUUUUUUGUUUUUAAUUAGUUCUUGGUCUGGAGCCCUGAGUAUCCUGUACUAUCCUUCACUCAUUCUAAGUGAUUGUUCACCACGUUAGUUUGCAUCCAGGUUUCAAAAUAAUUUCUACUUUCUCCAGGCUUAGCAUAAUUUAUCCUCUUCUGUAGUCCCGCUCCUUCAGCCUUGGUUUUGGUUUACUUCUCUUCCACAUUAACCUUCCCCCACUGUAAAAUAUAAAAUGGCUUGACCACAGAUGGUUAACACCACCUUCACAUGGACAUCCUGGACCCAAUCUGACUUACUUUUAACAAUGUCCAGAAUCCAGUCCUUUCUGGUAGAGCCUCACAGUAGCGGGCUGAACUGAUUAUUCUCCAAGACCUCAGUAAACUCCACACUUCCUCAGGGUUUCCUAGUUUCCAUCUGGUAGAUUCAGUUCUUCAAAGAGUAUAUCCUUCCUCCUAUGUUUUACUUUCUUAUUCUCCCUCCAAGUCUGUCAUCCUCUUUGCUUAUUGCCUUCAUGGGAGACAACACUGUGCAAAUCCAUUAGCAGUGCCCCUCCUUUAUUUACCUUAACUACCAGGACACGUCAGUUUGGAAAGACACCCUUCCUUCAUCCCUUCUUCAGUGAUUAUUUUUACCUCCUCUUUGACCUCACAUUUGAUCGUACUUCUCAACUGUUCAGAUUUUCACAGAAUGUCCAGAUAUUUGCCUCAUAUUUUUGGUGUGUUCCUCAUAUCAUUUACAGCUUUCUAGCAAAUCAGUUUGGAUUGAAUUGAUUAAAUACUACUAAAUAAUGACAGACCUAUGAGUAUAGACUUCAUUUCCUUCAGAAACUACAUAAUAAUAUAACACCUGUUCUAGCAAUGUUCUACGUUUAUAGAAGCAAUACUUAAAAUCUGUCCAUAUUAUUUUGGCCUUUCUUCCUCAUUAUUUCUGGCUUUGUCCAAAUUUCUUGUGCUGAGAGUUAUGCACUCAAUGCAGUCCUUUACAUAGAUCAUGGCUCAUUUUUCCACCAACUCCACUCUGCCUUUUACUAGUAACCUAUAGCACAGCAUCUUUAUGUCAGAACUCCUCUUCUCACUCGCCCAUGCUUCUGUGAUGCCAGAACUUCCACAUUUCCCUCCUGUAUCAUUGCUUCUAGAUCUCUCAUAUUUUUGUAGGUGGAGCUUCUUGUAUGGACAGGCUCAAGAUGGAGGUUAGGAUGCUGGACUUUAGUUGUUGAAAGUAAGUUUGUGAAAUGGAGUAGAAGCUGGAGCUUCCAAAGUGCCUGUGAUAUAAAUACAAAACUGUGUCAGAGGAAACUAUUUCAGCAGAUUUAUCCUACUGAAUUAAUAUGGUGGGAUUCAUCUGGAAAAUGCAAAAUAAGUCUGUACUAUGGUGGUUAAGAAAGUCUCUGCUGUCAAUGUAGUAGAGUUAUGAAGAGUGCUUUUUCCUUCAUAAAACUGAUUGUCUGCUAAGAAAUGCUUAUAUUGUGAAAUAUUCUGGUGUUUGGAGUCAAAAUAAGCACUAUGAGGUACAUGUCCAUAUAACCUCUGCUGAUAUUAUGAAUAUUGUAACUGCAAAUAAAGCCAUUACUGCAAAUCA